ACUUUCCCGUUUCGGCUCGAUAACCCGAAACUGAAACCCUAGACAUUGUUCUUUUUCAUAACUUCAAAUGGAUCCAUAAAUCCAAAUCCCUCCCUCUCCUCUCUUCUACUUUCUCUCUCUACAAGAAAGUGUGUUGAAUCCUUCCUCCUCCUCUAUCUAAAUUAGUCUCUCUCUAUAUAGUUUCUCUCUCUAGAAGUGGGAGAUCGGCUGCCUCGAUUAUGGCGGCAGAGAGUUCCAGAUCUAGUUCUUCGGCCGAUUCUUACAUCGGAAGCUUGAUUAGCUUGACAUCCAAGAGUGAAAUCAGAUACGAGGGUGUUUUGUACAGUAUCAACACCGAGGAGUCCAGUAUUGGAUUGCGAAACGUAAGAUCAUUUGGAACGGAAGGACGUAAGAAGGAUGGUCCACAAGUCCCUCCUAGUGACAAGGUUUUUGAAUACAUACUGUUCCGGGGAAGUGACAUCAAGGAUUUACAGGUUAAAUCUUCUCCUUCUCCGCCUGCUCAGACUACAACUUCUAUAAACAGUGAUCCAGCUAUUAUUCAGUCUCACUAUCCUCGCCCAGCUGCUACAUCUUCAAGCUUGCCUUCUGCUGUUAGUGGGCCUGUGACAGAUCUCAGUUCCCAUACUGCACAGUUGGGACACCCUGGGCCUGUGUCAACUUUCCAAGGUGGUUUGCCUUUAUAUCAACCUGGAGGAAACUUGGGUUCUUGGGGUCCUUCUCCUCCUCCAAGUGCAAAUGGUAGUGGGCUUGCUAUGCCAAUGUAUUGGCAAGGAUACUAUGGUCCCCCAAAUGGUCUUCCUCAAUUGCAUCAACAGUCUUUACUUAGACCACCGCCUGGGCUAUCAAUUCCUCCUUCCAUGCAGCAGCCAAUGCAGUAUUCUGGUUUUCAUCCAUCUUUGCCUACUGGAGCCUCAAAUUUGUCAGGUUCAAAUUUACCCGAAUAUCCUUCUCCUUUAAUAUCCACCACUACCAAUUCCCUUAAUUUAACAUCUACUCCUCUACCACCUUCAACUUUGUCAACAACUCUACCUCAUGUGCCACCUGUUGUGUUUGCUCCUGAAGCAUUACCCAAUCCGCUGCCAAACAAGGCUCCUAAUUCUGCUUUCCCUACAGCAACACCAAAUGCUAGCUUGCCGUUGCCAUCUCCUUUGACUACUUCUAGUCCAGAUAUAAGUGCUGUUGUCCCACCAAUCACUAACAAGCCUAAUGCAAUUUCUGCUCCAACUUUCCCAUAUCAAACGCCAUCCCCGCCCAUGUCCUCUAUUGUUGGGCCACCUAGUACAAGUCAUUCAGAAACACUAACACCUUCCCUUGUAACCCCUGGUCAGUUGUUGCAGUCUGGAAAAGGUACAAUUUCCCAGCCUUUACAAACCGCCCAUAAAGACGUUGAGGUGGUUCAAGUAUCAUUAGCAUCAUCAUCAUCAGAACCAUCGGUUUCAGUUUCUGUAGAAGCUCAGCCUCCAAUAUUGCCAUUACCUCAACCUGCACGUGCUGGCCAAAGGAUGAAUGGAGGGCCUUUUCAAUCUCACGGUUCUCACCAUGGCUACAGGGGGCGUGAAAGGGGGAGAGGAACUGGGAGUUCACGUCCAGUAACAAAAUUCACCGAAGAUUUUGAUUUUAUGGCAAUGAAUGAGAAAUUCAAGAAGGAUGAAGUAUGGGGUCAUCUUGGCAAGAGUAACAAAUCUAAUUCAAAGGACAAAGAAGUAAAUGGAAUAGGCAGUGAUGAAGAUGAUUUUGAAGAUGAAGAUGAUGCUGAAUCAUCGGAGUUUGGGGCCAAGCAGCCUGUUUACAAUAAGGAUGAUUUUUUCGAUUCCCUCUCUUCCAAUGCUCUUGACCGGGAAUCAAAUAGUGGAAGGACAAGGUUCUCUGAGCAAGUGAAGAUAGACACAGAGACAUUCGGAGAGUUUUCGAGGUAUCGAGGCGGCCGAGGUGGACGCGGACCUGGUCGUGGUGGUCGCUUCCGUGGCUCUUAUUAUGGAAGAGGGUAUGGUUACCCUGGGAGGGGUCGUGGGCGUGCACUGUCGGGGCGUGGUUUGUAGAUCUGAGUGUUACGUUUUCCAAAUGCUCAGGCAGAAACUGAAGCCCAACUGUCAACCAGGAAGAGAAAAUUUAGGACUGUUCUGGUAAUGUUUGUGCCUUGUACUUUUGGGGUCUUUUAUAAAUAAAAUUAGGAUACAGUCUGUCUAAUUGUUUUCGGGUUGUUUCAGUCUCUUUUCCCAGUUUACUACAAUUUCUGUAUGGAGCUUGUAAGCAAGCAAUUGGUUUCGAUCGUGGUAAUAGUAGUAGUAUGCCAAUGAGGCUUUAUUUGAUAAGAAA